AUGUUCCAGAGUUGCGCACUGGCGAACAAAUACGAAACAAAGGCAACACACUCUUCCAAAUACUCUUAUCAUCAAGAAGAGGAGAAACGUUCAGCACUUGAAACGAUCAUGGAAGACUUACUGAGUGGCUUUGAUAAUUAUUCCAAUUCCAGUCAUAAUUCAACUCCACAACCAUCAAUUACCGCCAGUCGUAAAUGUUCACAGGAUCUUGAAGUAGAUCAAGAGCUUGAUCAACUUUUCGAAAUCAUCAGUCAGCAAAGCGAGGAUCUACAGUCCACUGUCUCAUCGCCAGCUGUUACAUCCAUAGCCAGCAAUUCGGACUCCAGUAAUUCGACAUUCCCUUUUCGAUCACGAGCUGCAACUACUUCAUCUGUAACACUACCACCACCUAAUAACACCCAAAAUCUACCAAAUAAUCGAAAAAUGGAUCAUAGCCUCGAUGUUCAUAUCAAAAGUGAACCAUUCUCACCCUUAGGGCGGUCACAGCAACCGUAUGAUUUCAUCCAUCCUGGAUGGUCUAAUCAAAUGAAUAUCAUGGGUUUGAACUCAAAUAUUCCUUGUGACUUCAUGAAUCAUCAGGCCAUCAUGCAGAAUCAAGCUGUCUUCCAUCAUCCUGGGUUCUUCUAUCCAACACCAAGUCCGCAUUUUCCAGUCAUUGAUAGACGCAACACCCAAGUCACGAAUAGUACGCCUGCAGCUAAUCAUACCGAUUCUCCGUCACCACACCUUGACCAGCCGGCAUUUACAACUCCGCUAUUCCGAUUCAGCAUGCUUAACAGUCCGGAAUUCCACAAUAUACCAUCUUUGCCAUCUACUGAGCCGCUUGAGGAAGACGCUGAGAAACUUUGUGCUGUAUGCAAUGAUCGUGCGGUUUGUCUUCAUUAUGGAGCACGAACAUGUGAAGGAUGCAAGGGUUUCUUUAAACGAACUGUCCAGAAAAAAUCAAAGUAUGUAUGUGCCGGGAAUCGGAACUGUCCAAUCGACAAGAGAUAUAGAAGUCGAUGCCAGUUCUGUCGUUUCCAGAAAUGUUUGGCUGUUGGGAUGGUCAAAGAAAUUGUACGUCAUGGAAGUUUAUCUGGACGUCGCGGAAGAUUGUCAUCGAAAACAAAAUCAAAUCAUCGUACUGAUGAUCAGCCUUCCCCUCCCUUGCCUCUGUUGGGUUUGCUCGUACGAGCCAGCGAAGUAUCAAAGCCCAGUAUCCAGAACUCUUCUAUCUUUCCUUCUCUCUCCUCUUCUCAACUUCUAUCAUUAAUCGACACUGAAUAUCAUCAUAUCAGUUCUUUCUUGCGUGGCAUUCCUAUAACGGCUGAGUUGAAUUCUAAGGACUUAGAAAGUUUAUUUGUUCGCUCUUUCUUCCCAAUACUGGCAGCUAGACUCUGUCAAAGAAUGAAUCGUGGACGAGAAACAAUUGUUUUUGAAUCUGGUGAACAAAUACCGUUGGAAGGUAUACCGGAUGUCUUACUACGAUUUUUCCGAGCAGUUGUACUUGAGUCCGCUAGUCUUCAAGCUACCAUUGAAGGAGAUCAACAAAGUUUUUGUGCUCUUCAAGCAAUGAUCUUUCUGUCUGCGCACACUAGAGAAAAUCCAGCGAGAGAAUUAAAUGACAUCGUGACAGUAGAUCGUCUUCAAAGCAUGGUCGUCAAUGCUCUUAAAGAUCAUUGCGCCUCCACAGCUCCAAAUAAAUUGGCUAAAAUUAUGCAACAUAUUUCAAAAAUGGAUUUCUUCUAUGAGCUCGGUAUCAACAUGCUCGAUCAAUGUGUUGCUGUUAACCAGCUUAUUCCUCUCUCUCUUCAAACUAUUCACAACUCUUGUCCUCGCCCAAAUUUAGGCUUGAAUUCAGGAAAUAACGUACUCAAUGUUUCGCCAAAUAUUAUACCAAGUCGAAUUUCUUUAAAUUCAUCAGCUAUUCCCGAUAUUCCUGUUGGCUUCGGCUUUUCCUGA